AUGCAGGCGUGUUUAAAGGACGAAGAAGGUCAGAGGGUCCCGAGAGACCCCAUGUUUCCCUAUGGACUCUUCAUAUUGGGGAGGUUAUCCCAGCCCAGCUGCAUGGGACUCUGCUUGCUGCUGCUGUGCACCUCUGAGGCAUCAGACCCGCAGGCCGAGAGCUCCUCCUGGGCUGGAUGUGGGAGAUGGUACCCUUUGAUCAGGGAGCACCACGAGCUGCUAUCUGUUGAUCGUUGUGUGUCUACUGCAGAGAUUGGACAGCUGAUAGAGUUUGUGAAUCCAUGGUUAGGAUUGUCUCCUUGGGGUGUUUAUACUGGAGAAGGUUAUGUUAUCCACUUUGGGGUGGGAGAUGAAAACAUGCCGCAGCAAGCAGGCCGCAGCUUCCUUCAGCUGAUGGCUCCGAAAUCCAAAGGUGAUCGGGUCCUGAAGAAAACCAGAAUCAGCAGACAGCGCAUCCCAGAGAUCCGAGUCCCUGCAGGGACUCGCAUCAGCGUUAACAACAAACACAACCUGACUGCAUCUCCACUGGAAACCAUCUGGCGUCGCUGCGAGACUUUCCUGCAUCAAGAGUUCAAGUACGAUUUGGUCAACUUCAACAGCGAGCAUUUUGCCACAUUUGUUCAAUAUGGCCACGCUGUGAGCAACUAG